AGAGUUCAAUGUCUGUGACAGAUACAAACAAGUUGUGUAACAUUAUGAGGUUAAUGUUAAUAAAAUGUUUCUAGUUUUUACUUAUACUCAAAAUAAAUCGAUUAGGUGAUAAUUCUUCCGCCAUUCAAAUGUAUUCUACAAAUAUACGAUCAAUAAAUUAGUUCAAUUAUACCUUCGAAAUGUGUAGCAAAGUAUGUCGUCAGUCUGUUAGGACAAUUUCGAUUUUUCGAUCGCUCAGAACUAGAGAUUUUUACGAAUCUUUGGAACUUAAGCCUGGAGCCACACAGGCAGAUAUCAAGGAAGCUUAUUAUAGGCUAUCUAUGAAGUAUCAUCCAGAUAGAAACAAGGGCGAAGAGGCCUCUGUUAGAUUCAGGCAGAUAACGGAAGCUUAUGAAGUGUUGAGGAACGUUAAGUUGAGGAAGUUAUAUGAUAAAGGUUUAACAAUGAACGAUACACCUCGCACAGCACAAGAAGAAGAAAUCAACAAGUUCUACAAAUCUAGGCAAUUCAGAUCGAGACCCCCUCCACCAACUGGAAGGACUCCUAUAUACGAUUUUGACGAGUGGUCUAGAAGCCAUUAUGGGGCGACUUUAGCCAGGGAUAUAGCUAGGAAGAAAAGGAGACAACAAGAAGAAGUCUUGCGAGCAUCUGAUGCUGAACAUCUCAAAAAGGAGAAGAUCUUAAUUUGUACACUAAUUCUGGCAGGUUUAGCAUUUUAUUUUUAUGCCAGGCAAGAAGGUUAUGAUAAGGUUAAAGAAGAUAUUAUUGGUAAACGUAGGUGAUAAUUCAAGUCGAUUUGCUGGCUUAUAUUGUACAUAUAGAUAAAUUUAUGAAUAAAUAUGUUUUGUUGC